CAUUUACGGGCAGCGGCUGUCAAUCACUGGGUCCCGGCUGGUGACUACUCGCUGUCACCUGGUGAUUCACGAGCAUUUCUGACAGGGAGGAGAACUGUUUGUAAACAAAGCAGUUCUCCCUGUCAGCUCGUGCACACUGCUUUGCAUGGCUGUGCACAGCACAGUCAUGCAAAGCAGACACAGCACAGAGUAAAAACAGCACACAGUUAACCCUUUGAUCACCCCACAUGUUAACCCCUUCCUGCCCAGUGCCAUUAGUACAGUGUCAGUGCUUUUUUUUAUCACUGAUCAAUGUAUUGGUAUCACUGGGGAUGUCAGUGACACCAAGUCAGUUCCCCCCAGUGUCAGAAUGGAGAGGGGACGCUGCAGUCCCACUAUAAUUCGCUAA